AUGACCAACAGUGAAGUUUCCAACAAGUUUGAAGGAAAAGUUGAUUUAGGUAUUAUUGGUGGGACUGGUCUUUAUCACUUAGAUUGCUUAAAACCUAUUGCUAGAUUAAAUUCUAUUGUCACUCCUUGGGGAGUCACAUCAUCUCCAAUCACAAUUGCUAAGUACAUCUUGAAAGAAGAGGAUAAUAUAAAGUCUGAUUCUAAAAGUGUUGAAAGAGAUUUUUAUGUCGCGUUCUUGUCUCGUCAUGGUUUAAAUCAUGAAUACCCACCUAGUAGAGUUCCAUUCAGAGCUAACAUAGCAGCAUUGAAACAUUUGAAUUGUAGAGCUGUUAUAUCAUUCAGUGCUGUGGGUUCAUUAAGAAAAGAAAUCAAACCAAGAGACUUUAUCUUACCACAACAAAUCAUUGAUCGUACCAAAGGUAUUCGUGAAUCUUCAUAUUUUAAUGAUAUUGGACUUGUUGGACAUGUUGGUUUUGGUGAUCCAUUCUCUUUUAACAUUGCCAAUUUUAUUAAUGACCUAGUUAAAGAAUCAUUUAGUGUUGAUCCAAUUUUAGUCAAUCAGGAUACAAAUGAACCAUGUGAUUUACACUUCAACCGUGAUAUGACAGUUGUUUGUAUAGAAGGUCCACAAUUUUCAACAAGAGCUGAAUCAAAGAUGUAUAGAAUGCUUGGUGGUGAUGUCAUUAAUAUGAGUGUACUUCCAGAGGCUAAAUUGGCACGUGAAUGUGAAUUACCAUACCAAAUGAUUUGUAUGUCGACAGAUUAUGAUGCAUGGAUGGAUCAUGAAGAACCUGUCUCUGUUGAAGCAGUUAUCGGUCAUUUAAAUAACAAUGGUAGAAACGCAAAUAAAUUAGCUUCCAAAAUAAUUGAAAAUAUGGCUAAAUUGAAUCCUAAGUUUUUAAAUAACGGUGAUGGUUUGACUGGAUCAAUUAAAAUGUCAAUUUCAACCAAACCAGAUGCAAUGUCAAAAGAGACCCUUGAAAAAUUAAGAUUCCUAUUCCCAGAUUAUUGGUAA